UAGAAGAAAAAUAUCUAAGAAAAAAGAGUUUUUUUUUACAGUAACCUCUUCUUCUUGUUGUUCGUCUUGGUUGUUCUCGUCAGGAAACAGAAGAUAGAAAAUGGCGAUGGUGGAUUCUCCAAACCCUGAUAUUGAUUAUGAAAACGACUCUAAUGAAAACCCUUCCUAUACUUCUGAUGCUCUAGUUCCAUCUUCUUCACCCACCACUAUUUGUCUUACUAGGUUUGUUGGCGAUUCUGCAGCUGGCGCUGUCAUGGGUUCGAUCUUUGGCUACGGUCAGGGAUUAUUUCAGAAGAAAGGGUUUAAAGGAUCAUUUUCGGUUGCUGGUUCUAACGCCAAGACAUUUGCGCUUUUAUCUGGAGUACACAGUUUGGUUGUUUGCCUCUUGAAGCAGAUUCGAGGAAAGGAUGAUGUCCAUAAUUCUGGAGUAGCUGGAUGCUGCACUGGUCUCGCGUUGAGUUUUCCAGGUACACCGCAGGCUCUUUUCCAAAGUUGUUUGACAUUUGGAGCUUUCUCUUAUGUAAUGGAGUACAUAAACAAGCCACAGCGAGCAAUGGCUCUUACUUUCCCAAGCAGCAAGAUUCAACGAUCUGAUGUUCUUGCUCCUUUAACACUCGCUCUUCCUAAUGAGUUGAAAGAGGGCUUCUCUUAUUUUUGCCAGUCAUUGAAGAAGCACCGACCUGGUCCCCACCCUACUUCUUACUGAAAGUCGUAAUUGCGUGUAUUUGCGCUUGAGCUUUACUUCAGUGUGUAACUUUGCUUUUCCAAUGCUAUUAGAUUGAAGUUUUCUCGCUUUUGUAAAUUGAGUACAUAGGUGAAACUUAAUUCUGCUGCAAACAAAGAAUCAAUUUCUAUAUCUUGUUUUUAUGGAGUUCACAAACUAGAUAAUGCCACUUAGCCUUA